AUGAAAGACAGGCUAUCCGAUUUGCAUCAGAGCUCUAAGAAGGAAAUGUCAUUGUCCGCUUUGGUGGAGCGGCUGGACGAGGAAUGCACAGAUACAUCCGAGAAAACGAAUUUGUUAAACAAAGCUAGUAGCAGCAAGGUCGACACGUUUCUAACGCGUGUGGAUAGGUUGAUAAAUGAUAUGAAUGGAAUGGAAACGUUACUGGAUGAAAUAAAAGAUUGGCAUUGGAAAAUCAUUGUGGAACCAGGAGAUCAUCCUGAAAUGAAUAUACGGUUAAAUGACGCAGUGGUUUCUUACACGACAAUGCUUUAUAAAACUCAGGCUGCUCUUAAGAGUUUAAAUGCCGAAGUCGAUCGGCAAUUUAACAAAUCAACAGAUGAAAGUGCUCAAACGGUGGAGGCACGUAUCAGAAGAAACCAGGUGAUGACGCUAACAAAACGGCUCCAAGGUCUAUUGAUUGUUUUCAAUGACGAACAGUUAACAUACAAAGAUAAAUGCAAGCGGAAAAUUCAGUCGUACUUGAAAAUUUCUGACAACGCAGUGAACGAAGAAGAUCUCGAAGCGAUCAUCGAAAAAGGAACUUUAUUUGAGCACACAAAAGUGCUGAUGUUGGCGGAACGGGAUAAGAAAGCUUUAUAUGAUGAAGUAAAGACACGUCAUGAGGAUAUUGUGAAAUUGGAAAGCAGUAUAAAGGAGUUGCACGGCCUCUUCGUCGAAUUAGCAACUCUCAUCCAGAGCCAGAGCGAAAUGUUAAAUAACAUAGAGCGAAAUGUUGAAAGUGCAGUGGAAUAUGCACAGAAAGCUCACAUGAAUAUGAUCAAAGCGAAAAAUAUGAGGGCAAAUGUCCGAAAGGUUGUUCAUACUACAAUAACAAAUUUUUAG